GGAUGGCGCAGCCAAUCAGCAGAAAGCUCGUCUUUCUUCGGGCGACAAGGCGGGAUGCAUGACGUCACAAUGUGGCAACAACAACUUCCCCAGCACGUGUGGACGCGGUGUAUUACUGAAAACCUCAGCACCGAAGAGCAGGGGAGUGGAGGAGGAUGAGUCUAACACUUUAACUUACAUGGAUGUGACAGAGGAGAUGUACCAGUCUGACAUGAAUGUGAUGGAGAAAAGGAUCGUAAAUAUUAAGGAGGAGCACUGUGAACGGGAAUACGCCCAUCAUCAACCGAAGAGUCGGUGCAUUAAGAAUGAGAAUUGUGAACAGCAGGGGCCAGUGGGCAUUAAGGAAGAGGCUAGGGAGAAGCCUGUCAUCCGUGGCAUACAGAGACGAGUCAAGGAGGAAGACCUUCAGUCAGAGUCUGGCCAUUUGUGUGGAUGUAGAGAUGGAGGUGUAAGGGGAUCAAUUUCCCCUCGGGGUAAAAGAUGUCCCAUUCCGGAGCAUUCUGUCAGCAAGAAGUCUGAUAUUUACUCUGAUGCAAAGGCCAGUCGGGAAACAUCAUGGAGAGCACCAGGAGGCCAGUCAUCACCUACAAAUCAGUCUGGAGAAAGUUUACAUAAAAGUGACAGCUUCCCCCUAUCUCCCGUUACUUGGACCCCUCUUCAGGGUCGACCACAUGAGCAAAAUGUGAAAAAAUCACCGUCUGGAUCAACAAUUUUUGUACUGGCUUCUGCUCCUUGUGGAUCUUGCCCUGUUGUCGGACUAACAAGCUUAGACGCAGUUGACCAUAAUCAAAAGGUGAACAACGACAAUACAAAUCUCCACCAAGAUAAGAAGAAAAGUGUUAAACACAAAGAUUUUCAAGGGUCUCCUAAGGAACAGAAGUUACAUUGCUGCUCUGAAUGUGGCAAAGGAUUUACCUAUUUGAGCAAUCUUAAAAGACACUUGAAAAGUCACACUGGAGAGAAGCCAUUUUGCUGCUCUGAAUGUGGCAAACGAUUUCAAAUGAAGGGUGACCUUCAGAGACACCAGUCAAUUCACACAGGGGAGAAGCCAUAUUGCUGUUCUGAGUGUGGGAAAGCAUUCAUAACAAGUUACCGUCUUCAAGAACACUCAAGAAUUCACACUGGAAGCAAACCGUAUCGCUGUUCUGAUUGUGGGAAAGAGUUUUCAGCAAAAAGCAGUCUAGUGGUACACCAAAGGAAUCAUACUGGAGAGAAGCCGUACCAUUGUUCUCAAUGUGGGAAACGUUUUUUGAAAACAAGCAGUCUAACAACCCACAUGAGAAUUCACACAGGUGAGAGGCCAUACUGCUGUUCCGAGUGUGGCAAACAAUUUUCGAAAAGGAGCUCCCUUACAGCCCACAUGAGAACUCACACCGGAGAGAAACCGUACUGCUGUUUGGAAUGCGGCAGACAAUUUUCUGUAAGGAGAAGUCUGGUAGCACACGAAACAACUCACACUGGAAAGAAGCCGUACAGCUGCGCCGAUUGUGGCAAAGGAUUCUCACAAAGAGGCAGUCUUCAGACCCACAUGAGAUCUCACACUGGGGAGAAGCCAUACACUUGUAAUGAAUGUGGGAAACGAUUCUGUCAUAGGAGUACUCUUUCAAGACACAGAAGAAUUCAUACAGGAGAGAAGCCGUAUUGCUGUAAUGAAUGUGGCCAACGAUUUUCACGAAAGAACAACCUGAAGAGACACACGAGAAUUCACACCGGAGAGAAACCCUAUGGCUGUUCGGAAUGUGGCAAGCAAUUCUCACUAAAGAGCAACCUUCUGGCCCAUACAAGGUCUCACACGGGAGAGAAGCCGUAUCGCUGUUCUGACUGUGGGAAACAUUUUUUGAAAAUGAGCAAUCUUAAGACCCACAUGAGAAUUCACACAGGUGAGAAGCCCUACUGCUGUUCUGAAUGUGGGAAACAGUUUUCACGAAUGAGCCAAAUUCAGAGCCACCAAAGAAUUCACACUGAAGAGAAGCCAUGCUGCUGUUCGGAAUGUGGCAAACGGUUUGCACAUAUGAUCAGUCUUAAGAGGCACACUGCUGUUCACUCCGGAGAGAAGCCUUAUUGCUGCUCUGAAUGUGGAAAACAGUUUUCUUUGAAGUUGACUCUUCUGGUGCACACAAGAAUUCACACCGGAGAGAAGCCAUUUAGCUGUUCCGAAUGUGGGAAACAGUUUUCACAAAGAAGCAGUCUUUGGAGCCACAACAAAAUUCACACGGGAGAGAAGCCGUACUGCUGUUCUGAAUGUGGCAAACAGUUUUCGCAGAGGAGCAGUCUUCAGAACCACGAAAAAAUCCACAUGGGAGAGAAGCCAUAUUGCUGCUCUGAGUGUGGCAAAGGAUUUUUGAAAAUGAGCAAUCUCCAGAGCCACAAAAGAAUUCACACGGGAGAAAAGCCGUAUGACUGCUCCGAGUGUGGCAAGCGAUUUGCGCAUGUUAAUAGUCUGAAGAGGCACAGUACGGUUCACACAGGAGAGAAAAUGUUUGGCUGUUCUGAAUGCGGCAAACGAUUUUCACGUAUGAGCAGUCUUAAAAGACACACUACGCUUCACACAGGAGGAGUUCAAAACCCUUGACCAACAGAAAAGGAAGAACAAAUGUACAGAUCACAGAUACAUCGUAAAGUGUGCAGAACAACUGUUCUGGUGUCUUGUGGAUGGGCAGCUACCCCAGGAAUAGCUUGACUGAGGGACAAGCACCAAAUCUUGAAUGCGCAGGGUGGCUUUCUGACACCAGAAACGUUUCCCAACACCUCCAGCUUAAAACUCAAAAAGCCAGAAGGUUUGUGUGACCCCGCUUUCACAGUCAGUACACAUUCUGAAAAUCAAGAUCAGGUGAGAUCGAGCGACACACAAGGUGGCUUAAGAAAACAAUAAGAAUUAAUAAGUAAUUCUGAUAACUGAUACAGCUGGAAAUGGUAAGCCAUCUCCUUGUUGGUUGCACGGUGCAGACAGUCAAAGACAUAAAGUAGCUAAACUUCUUCUUUGGAAAAUCCUCAAAAAAUAAACUCUCUAGUGUCACAGAGACCCCCAUGGACCUACACUCCAGACAGAAUCACAAAAAAUAAGGAGGUGUUAGUCAGUGGGUGUUCUACCUAAAGGAAAAUGAAGGCAGAAUUUUAUGAAAAAGGAUCGGGAGAUAAAAUGUUAAAAAUCGAGGCAACUUUGUUAAACAAAAAUCAAAGCCAAGCUGUCCUCAAACCUAAAGGUAGUUACAAAACAAUCAAAGUAAAAAUAAUAAAUAAAUAAAAUAAAAGUUAAGCACAGUGUAGGACAGAAAACUAAAGAGCUUUAUCUGGCUGUGCAGGAGUAGUUGGCAUGCGCAGCAGUGUGUCGUGUAAAACACUUGGAGAGUAGAUUUCAGAUCCAAACUUUAAUACGAAGAUAUAGAUGUGUUUGUGUGGUCGACAAUGAAAAGGUAAAACUAUUAUUAAUUCUGAAAUCGCACACAAAGGAAAAUUAGAUAACGUGUUGCAAAAUCUUAAAUGUUAUUAAUGGUGAAGUUGCAAUACUGAACAUGGUCACUAGAGGCCACCAUUGUUACUAAAGGUAGUAUUGAGAAGUAUUUUACUGGAAUAAUGAAAUUACAAGCGUAACAAUUAAAAAUGUGAUUAAUAACUUAAAUAUUCUUAAUUAGUGCCUUAUUAGGACUG